AUGUCUACACACCUCCAGUUUGUGCGACCUCCCCUUGAUCGUGAUAAGUUUGAUAUUUAUAACACUACCUAUGCAGCUGAUGUUUAUGAGCACUGCACGACGGAAGAUAGAAAAUUUAUUGGGGAUUCCUAUAAAGAGCGCUAUAAUUCUGAAUUUUCAUUCUACUACCAAUGCUACACAGGAAAGUCCCUCCCAUCUGAUGAUGAUGGCGAAGUCUUCGUCCUACUCAAACAAGAUCCUCCACCAGAAGCAAAGACGUAUUAUUGGGAUCUUAGUUAUGCAUGUCCAUUUGAUUGUGACUUUGAUGUCAUGGUGGGCGUGGUCUACAUUAAUGGUGAUGACGAUGUAGAAUAUGGCUCUGUACCAAAAGAUGAUAGUGAUAUAUACAGUAUGUCUGUACUGUACUGUCAUUAA